AUUGCCGUUCCUUCACAAUACGUCGACACGUCACAACUCGGCCAUCCUCCUCAGUCCUCUUCGCUGAGUGCACUGAGCCCGCUUACUUAUAAGCCAUACUGUCCAGCAAACCAAACGUCACACUCCGCUGGCAAACAACAAACCAAACACCACAGUACACCAUAAAAGAAACCCCAACCAACAGAGAUCACAAUCAUACACUUCCACCUUCCACGCGGGAAGUACAGCAACAACCUUCACACACCCUAUCCACAGCAGCGCUAUACACUCCCCUCCACACCCCCUACAACCACCAACCAUGAACGACUACGCCCCCUACGCCGAUCUCCGCUCCGCCGCCCGCGCCCGCAACCGCACCACCACCGCCCUCAAGAAAUACUUCUCCUACAAAGCCCUCCACCGUAACCAGCGCGCCCAGCCCCACCUCCUCAUCCCCUGCUACCUCCACUCCUCCGUCUCCUGCCGGAUCUGCGGCUGGGGCACGCUUCCCGCGGACCCCGCGGCUCGCGCCGCGCUCCCCGCGCGCCCGCUCACGAAGCGCGAGUUCUACGACGAGGCGCAGGCCUGGCCGCGCCCGCCGCGGCGCCACCACGCGUUCCCGAAGCGCGAGAGCGAGUAUGGGUGUCGCUCGACCCGGUGGGCGCGCAGGAGCGAGCGGGGGCGGGCGGUGGGAAGGGAGUUGAGGCAUAUGGAUGAGUUUCAUGAGGACGAGAUGAUGCUGGAGGCGGAGGUGGAGCAUGCGAUUAGUUGUGGGUAUUGUGGGGGGAUGACGGAUCCGGGGUGGUGGGAUGGGGAGCGGUAUGAGUGGGCGACUGAGGAUUUGGUUGUGCACGCGCCGUGGGCGGAUGAGGAUGAGGGGGGUCAGGAGGGGGAGGAGGAGGGGGAGGGGGAGGGAGAGGCUGGGGCGGCGGUUGAGGGGGGUGAUGUGCUUGAGGAUGAGGAGUGGGACGUUGUAUCUUGCGUCUCGGAGGCGUCGUCGUGGGAGGACGUUGGGGAGGAGGAUUGUGUUUGAUGGGGAGGAUGGGGUUGAGGUGUUAGGAGACCGGUUUCUUACAUAUACCCCUAUGAUUACAACUACACUAUUUUACACUGCCU